CUUUUUAGCUGCCACACCCGUUCAGGCAUGACGGGCAGUGACUACUUCGCUUGUUGACUACCAGUGAUGUCACGUUUGCGUCACGAGGCGCUCACAUCGUUGGAUGACUGUACCUGGCCGGUGGCCUUGGCCGGCCACUCGGAGCCGAGUGGAUGAUGAUAGUCGCCCGGCUGUAUCGGGCGGAAGGUGGCAGUGCGCCGAGUUGGCGGCGAGGUGCGGUGUUGCGUAGCUGGCAUUCGUAGACGCCGCCCCGGCCGCACGAGCCAUGCGCGUCGCUGAGAUGCUGCGGGCGGUGGUGCCCCUGGUGCUCACCUGCUUCUGGAGCUCGGUGCUGCUGGUCAUGAUCGCCAUCACUCGCCUGCGGAACGGUCCCGACGCUUUCCAGCCGAAAAAGCGCCAGCGGCCCGCCUGCCUGGAUGAUCCUCAGCUGGGCUCACAUGGAUUCGUCACGGUCGGAGGCAUCCGGCUGCACUACGUGGAGAACGGUGACAAGAGUAAACCGCUGCUGGUGCUGGUGCACGGCUUCCCCGCCUUCUGGUACUGCUGGCACUAUCAGCUCAAGGACCUGGCCAAGGACUACUGGGUGGUUGCCGUCGACCUCAGGGGCUACGGCCAGUCGGACAGGCCGGCCGGCCGGGACCGGUAUGCAGUGGACCUGCUGGCCGAGGACGUAUCGCAGCUGGUGCUGGCGCUGGGUCGGACUGGCUGCGUCCUGAUUGGCCACGACUGGGGCGGCAUCGUCGCCUACCGUGUGGCCGAGCUGCGGCCCACCGUCGUGGACAAGCUUAUCAUCCUGAAUGCCCCGCACCGGGCGGCGAUCCAGACUCUGCUGCGAACGUCGUGGAACCAGCUGUUCCGGUCGUGGUACGUCUUCAUGUUCCAGCUGCCCUGGCUGCCAGAGACGGUCAUGUCGUUGAACGACUUCAGCCGCACUGGAGCGCAUCUGAUCGACGCCUUCAAGUACACCUUCGGCGAGCCGGGCGCGCUCACUCCCCCGAUCGACUACUACCGAGCGAACUUCAGUUUUACUCAGUCACCCAUCGAGUCGCCCCGCAUCAUCUGCCCGCUGUUGGUCGUCUGGGGGGAGCGAGACAAGGCGCUGAGUCCGGUGCUGGCCACCAUGUCCGCGCGCUACGCCGACCGGUUCACGGUGCGCUUCUUGCCCGAGGCUUCUCACUGGGUCAUGAUGGAGUACCCUCAGGAGGUGAACGGGCACAUCAGGGAGUUUAUUCAGAAGGAGUGAGCGCUGUGUCAGGCUCCGGGCGAUGCGUUUAUUAAAGAGUGACUGCUGCGCCAGGCUCUGGUAAUGCGUUUAUUCAGGAGUGACUGCUGCUUUAGGCUCUGGGUGAUGCCAUUGAGGAGGAGUCACCACUGUGUUAGGCUCCGGAUGAUGUGUUUAUUCAAGAGGAGUGACCAGUGCGUCAGGCUUUGGGUGACGUCAGGCUCUGCGCCAGACUCCGGCUGAUCGCAGGCUUGGAGUUACGUUUGCAGAUGUGCGUGUGUGCGUCGUAGCGAGUGCAAUGGUGUAGCGUCUGGGGCGACGUUUUCACGCCAAAGAAUCAAGCCAUGUAGGAGCUUGUUCCUUUUCAUAUAGUCAGCUGACGCAGGCUGACGCAACUGAACCCAACUGACGUUAGGAUUUAGCAAUGGUAUAGGUCAGGAUGGCUAUUCCAGACGCUGGAGCCUGGAUUACCGAAAGGAGCACCACGUCGCCCGCUUCAC